AUGGGCAACCGGGGCAUGGAAGACCUCAUCCCCUUGGUCAACCGCCUCCAGGAUGCCUUCUCCGCCAUCGGCCAGAACGCCAACCUCGACCUGCCCCAGAUCGCCGUGGUCGGGGGCCAGAGCGCCGGCAAGAGCUCCGUGCUGGAGAAUUUCGUGGGGAGGGACUUCCUGCCCCGUGGAUCGGGAAUCGUCACCCGACGCCCUUUGGUUCUGCAACUGGUUAAUGCCACGACGGAAUAUGGCGAAUUCCUGCACUGCAAAGGGAAGAAGUUCAUGGACUUUGAGGAGAUACGUAUGGAGAUCGAAAACGAGACCGACAGAGUCACCGGCUCCAACAAGGGCAUCUCCUCCAUCCCGAUCAACCUGCGAGUUUAUUCCCCCCAUGUCCUAAGCCUGACCCUAGUGGAUCUUCCUGGGAUGACCAAGGUUCCAGUUGGAGACCAGCCAGCGGACAUUGAGUUCCAGAUCCGUGACAUGUUGAUGCAGUUUGUCACCAAAGAAAACUGCCUUAUCCUUGCGGUCUCUCCAGCCAACAGCGAUCUGGCCAACUCCGAUGCUCUUAAGAUUGCCAAAGAAGUUGACCCUCAAGGCCAACGUACCAUUGGGGUCAUCACCAAAUUGGACCUCAUGGAUGAAGGAACCGAUGCCCGAGAUGUUCUGGAGAACAAGCUGCUUCCACUAAGGAGAGGUUACAUCGGAGUGGUGAACCGUAGCCAGAAAGACAUCGAUGGGAAGAAGGACAUCCAGGCGGCUUUAGCGGCCGAACGCAAGUUCUUCCUCUCCCACCCGGCGUACCGGCACAUGGCUGACCGUAUGGGCACUCCCUACUUGCAGAAAACUUUGAAUCAGCAACUGACCAAUCACAUCCGCGACACACUCCCAGGCCUGAGGAACAAACUCCAGAGUCAGCUGCUAUCUAUUGAGAAAGAAGUAGAAGAAUACAAGAACUUCCGUCCGGAUGAUCCAGCCCGCAAAACCAAAGCUUUGCUCCAGAUGGUCCAGCAAUUUGCUGUGGACUUUGAGAAACGCAUCGAAGGUUCUGGAGAUCAGAUCGAUACCUAUGAACUCUCCGGUGGUGCUCGGAUCAAUCGUAUCUUUCAUGAACGGUUCCCAUUUGAGCUUGUGAAGAUGGAAUUUGACGAGAAAGAACUCCGAAGAGAGAUCAGCUACGCGAUUAAGAACAUCCAUGGUAUCAGAACUGGUCUCUUCACGCCUGACAUGGCUUUUGAGACCAUCGUGAAGAAGCAAGUCAAGAAGAUUAAAGAGCCUUGCUUGAAAUGCGUGGACAUGGUCAUUUCGGAGUUAAUCAAUACGGUUAGACAGUGCACCAAGAAGCUAAGCCAAUAUCCCCACCUGCGGGAGGAGAUGGAGCGUAUCGUGACUACUUACAUCCGGGAGAGAGAGGGAAGGACCAAAGACCAGGUCAUGCUCCUGAUAGACAUUGAGUUGGCCUACAUGAACACCAAUCAUGAAGACUUCAUUGGAUUUGCCAAUGCCCAGCAGAGGAGCAGCCAAAUGAGUAAGAAAAAAACAGCUGGGAAUCAGGUGAUCCGCAAAGGUUGGCUCACGAUCAACAACAUUGGCAUCAUGAAAGGAGGCGCCAAAGAAUACUGGUUUGUCCUGACUGCCGAAAACCUCUCGUGGUACAAAGAUGAUGAGGAGAAAGAGAAGAAGUACAUGCUGCCGGUGGACAACUUGAAGGUGCGCGACAUCGAGAAAAGUUUCAUGUCCAGCAAGCACAUCUUUGCCCUCUUCAAUACAGAGCAAAGGAAUGUUUACAAAGAUUACCGACAACUGGAGCUGGCGUGUGAAACCCAGGAGGAGGUAGAUAGUUGGAAGGCGUCCUUCCUGCGGGCUGGAGUUUACCCAGAACGCGUUGCGUCUGGGGAGUCUGAAGAGAAUGGCUCGGACAGCUUAAUGCAUUCAAUGGAUCCCCAGUUGGAGAGGCAAGUGGAAACGAUCCGGAACCUUGUUGAUUCCUACAUGGCCAUCGUCAACAAAACCAUCCGUGAUCUGAUGCCCAAGACAAUCAUGCACCUUAUGAUAAACAAUACCAAGGAGUUCAUCCACUCCGAGCUCCUCGCCAACCUCUACUCCUGCGGUGACCAGAACACCCUCAUGGAGGAGUCGGUCGAACAAGCCCAGCAUCGCGACGAGAUGCUGCGCAUGUACCACGCCCUGAGAGAGGCCCUGAACAUCAUCGGGGACAUCAACACCACAACCAUUAGCACCCCGCUGCCUCCGCCGGUGGACGACUCUUGGCUGCAGGUGCAGAACAUACCGUCCGGACGCAGGUCUCCCACCUCCAGCCCAACGCCGCAGAGAAGAGCGCCGGCAGUCCCUCCCGCCAGACCUGGAUCGCGGGGACCAGCUCCUGGACCUCCGCCUGCUGGUGGACCCAGCCUCGGUGGUGCCCCCCCUGUGCCUUCCAGGCCGGGGGCCUCUCCUGAUCCUUUUGGGCCACCCCCGCAAGUCCCCUCGCGGCCCAACCGCGCGCCCCCAGGGGUCCCAAGCCGGAAGGGCCCUUCUUCACCUACACGAGCCACAUUAAUCCGACCAGCUGAAUCUUCCCUCUUAGAUUUAUAACCCAAGGCCUGUAGACAGCUGGUGACAAGCCCAUGUUUUUGUUGUGCCUGGGUUUCCCCUCUACUCUGCCAACCCAGCAUCCCCUCGGCUCUUCUGCCCCUUCCUCCAUGUGGUUUUAAAAAAGAAACAACAACAUGCUCGUUUAGUGAAUUGAGCCCUUUGUCUAUUAGUGUGCGUCCGUAUUGCUUGUGAGCCUAGAGUAGUCCUCCUAGUCAAAGGGCAUGAAUCGUGGAUGCCGUUGAGUUCUCCGCAGCGCAGACUUAACAGGAGCAUCCGUGCCUCGACGUACCCAACUCGUCUUGGGUUCGGUGUCCUGCCUGCCUGGGUCAGCUGUAGCCCUUAAUCCGUAGCAACGUAAGCCAUUUUGUCCCCUUUACCGUAGUAGAGACAGAAACCCAUGGUCUUGUACUGCAAACUCUUUUGAGAAGGACCACACUCAGCGAGAGGACCUGGAC